CACGCGCCGCCUCAGCCCCUCGCCGUGGUCGCGGCGGCGCUCCGGCGACCAGCCACGCGAGGAGGGAGAAGAAGCCGACGAGGUGCGAGCUAGAAAGGGGGCGGGGAGCAUCUAGAUCCUCCUCAAUGGGGUGGGGCAUGCCGACGCGGCCGCCGCCGACGUCGACGCCGCCGCGGGUGCAGGCGCUGUACGAGCUCUGCAAGCGCACCUUCCCUGCCCCGUCUUCCGUCGCCGCGUCCUCUCCGUCUCCGCCGCCCGACCACGCCAUCCGCGCCAUCUCCUCUCUGAUGGAUACAAUCACUCCAGUGGAUGUUGGACUCAGAGAUGCUAACCUUGAGGAUGGGAGAGGAUUUGGGUUCUUUGAAUCAAACUUCAUGAAGAACUCAGCCAGGGCGGCUAGAUGGGCGCAACCCAUCACAUAUCUGCAUGUUUACGAGUGUGACGCAUUUUCUAUUGGCAUAUUCUGCUUACCGACUUCUGCGGUCAUUCCUCUCCAUGAUCAUCCGGGAAUGACUGUUUUCAGCAAAUUACUCUAUGGUUCAAUGCAUGUGAAAUCGUAUGAUUGGGUAGAGCCUGCUGUUCUAGCAAGUGGCAAACCAGUGAGACUUGGAAAGUUACAUACAGAUGAUGUUCUGAAUGCCCCUUGUCCAACUGCUGUUUUGUAUCCCCAAAAUGGUGGGAACAUACACUGCUUCACUUCAGUGAAAUCUUGUGCCGUUCUAGAUGUCAUUGCCCCGCCGUACUCUGAAUCUUCUGGUCGUGUCUGCACCUAUUUUCACGAUUAUCCAUUUUCUAGCUUCUCAGCUGGGCAUGCAAAAGUAGUCCAUGGGCCAGAUAAUUAUGCUUGGCUUGAGGCCUUAAACGUACCGGUGACUAUUAAUAUGCGCCCUGGAAUGUACACUGGUCCAACCGUACAGGAACGUCAGCCAUAAUCAAUACAAAUGGACAGGUGCAUCAAACUUGUGUCCAAGUGUCUUCUCGCAAAUACAGUUGUGAUGCAGUGAAAUGUAAUAUGUUGAUCUGUACAUUUGAUUUCUGCCAGAACUUCCUUCAUUGAAAAGCUGUGGCUACAACACUUGGUGGGAGAUUGUAAAUGUAUUAUGUUUAUGUCUACAAUUUUCUUUUUAUUUUUUCCCAGUUCAUAGAAAGGCUGGUUGCCAUGGUGUCGAUAUGGUCCGAAAUUCAAAUAUCUGGCAUCCAGAAUUUUCUGAUAAAGCUCGGAGCCUGCAGUUCUGUUGGUGGGCUCACUCGGUCUUUGGGAUAUGGGGUCUCAUGCCUGAUUUUAGCCUUAUUUUGUAAAGCAAACUCGAUGCAAUGCAAGAAAAAGUGAAAGUGAAACUGACACUGACAAGGCAA